UGAUGGCUGUUUGUUUAUUAUUGGCCAGGUUCAUGUGAGGGUGGAGCAGAUACCAGAGAUUGUUUAAAUCCUGCCAGCUCCUCAUACAUCGUUUAGAUGUUUGGAAACCAGUAAGUUCUUUAAUCUCUGCAGGGACCACACCAGCACACAGGACUUGUUCCAGUGCAAGGACGGUCUGUGAACAGGAGUGUUCCUGGGUGAGCACUUCAGACUCAGCAUUUCCUGCACUGCCAGUGGACACUUUCAGAGCUCAACGCUGACACCAAGUCUCUUUUCUUUCAGGAGCUGUGCCUUCUACUGCUCUAGCCAUGGGUCACUCCUCUUCUUCUCUACCCUCUCAUGAAAAGGCUAGCGAUUUGGCCUCCAGUUUUAACAAGUUUUUUAAAGAAAUGAAGCCGGAAAGCAAAAUCCUCUCUCAGGAAACCAUCACAAAGAUUCAAUCACACCUGGAGAAGGGUGACCUUCAGAGUGCAGUUUCUGCAAUCAGUGAUGCAUUGAGAGACAUUGACAAUGCCCCACUGAACAUUGCUGUGACAGGAGAAUCUGGGACAGGGAAGUCCACCUUCAUCAAUGCCCUGCGGGGGGUGGGGCAUGAGGAAGAUGAGGCUGCUCCCACGGGGCCAGUGGAGACAACCAUGGAGAGAACCCCAUACAAACACCCAGAGUUUCCCAAUGUGACAUUAUGGGACUUGCCUGGCAUAGGGACCACUAGAUUUCAGCCACAAGAAUAUCUGGAGGAAAUGAAAUUUGGUGAGUAUGACUUCUUUAUUAUCAUCUCUGCUACACGUUUCAAAAUCAAUGAUGCGCAAUUGGCUACAGCUAUUGGAAAAAUGAAGAAGAAUUUCUACUUUGUCCGAACUAAAGUGGACAGUGAUUUACACAAUCUAGAAAGGAGUAAACCCACCACAUUCAAUAAGGAUGAAAUUCUGCAAAGGAUCCGCGAUGACUGUGUGAAACACCUGCAGAAAGCCAAUGUGAGUGACCCUCAGAUCUUCUUAGUCUCCAGCCUUGAGCUGUCUGGCUAUGAUUUCCAAAACCUAGAGACCACCCUUCUGAGAGAGCUCCCAGCCCACAAGCGCCACAUCUUCAUGCAAUAUCUGCCGAAUAUUACUGAGGCCGCCAUUGACCGGAAGAGGGAUUCUCUGAAACAGAAGGUCUGGAUGGAGGCCCUGAAGGCUGGAGCAUCUGCCAACAUCCCUCUCAUGGGGAUAAUCAGUGAUAAUGACGUGGAGACUUUAAAGGAGAAUUUAACUCUCUAUAGGUUUUACUUUGGGCUGGAUGAUGCAUCCCUGAAAAUCAUGGCCAAGGACUUGAAUGUGUCAGUGGAGAAACUCAAGGAAAACCUUAUGUCUCCCAAUUUGCUUUCAAUUGAGAAGAAUGAAGAGUCUUUAGGGGAUAAACUCUUGAGAUAUUUGGAAACAUUCUGUGGUAUUAGUGGAGGACUCAUUGCCUCUGGUGUUUACUUUAGGAAGGUUUACUAUUUGCAAAAUUAUUUCCUUGACACUGUGGUGAGUGAUGCAAAACGUCUUCUUAGAAAAGAAGAGAUUUUUAAGCACUCUGUGGGCUCUGGGUAAGCUUACCUUCUUUAGCAUGAUAGACAUAAAAAUGGGAAAGACCUAGUCAGCUCUGGAAUUAUUAUUGAUGUUGUUUUGGUACUGGUGCCUGGAAAGAUGACUUGGGCUUCCUUGAAGCCAUCUUGACCCGCUGCCCUCAGGGAAUAUUACAGACAUUUCCAUAAUUGACUUCAACCAACCACUGACUUAGUGAGUUUUAUUUGACAGUUUGAGCCAUCAGUUCUAGAAUCCUUCUUUCAUAUGAUCCUUCUUAGGAAAAUGAAGAACAAUAAUCUGGAAUUUUCUGCUUUAUCGGAGGGCAUAACUCUUUGUGUGAUGGUUACUUUAUACACAGCCAUGGUCUUAAGACUGAAAUACUAGUAAUAAAUGACUAUACACAUAGUAGGUCCUGAAAAAUGAGUUUUUAAAUAAAUGAAUACAUGAUACAUA